AUGCUGCUGCACGGGCUGGUGGACCGGCUGACGGGGAAGAACAAGCAGGCGUGGAAGGAGGGCAAGAUCCGGGGCACGGCCGUGCUGGUCAAGAGCGACGUGCUCAACCUCGGCGACUUCCACGCCUCCCUCCUCGACGGCGUCCACGACAUCCUCGGCAAGGACGACGGCGUCAUCUUCCACCUCGUCAGCGCCACCGCCCCAGACCCCCAGAAUCCGAGGCGGGGCAAGGUGGGGAAGCCGGCGCACCUGGAGGAGAUGGUGGUGACCAUGAAGUCCAAGGCGGCCGGGGAGUCGGUGUUCAAGGUCACCUUCGAGUGGGACGACUCGCAGGGGAUCCCCGGCGCCGUCGUCGUCCGCAACACCUACCGCUCCGAGUACCUGCUCAAGACGCUCACCCUCCACGGCGUCCCCGGCAAGGGCACCGUCGUCUUCGUCGCCAACUCCUGGAUCUACCCCAACGUCGACCGCGUCUUCUUCGCCAACGACACCUAUCUGCCCAGCAAAAUGCCUGCACUUUUGGUGCAAUACAGGCAAGAUGAACUCAACAAUCUCCGAGGCGACGGCACAACCGGAAAGUACGAGGAGUGGGACCGUGUGUACCGCUAUGACUACUACAACGACCUCGGUGAGCCGGACAAGGGCCAUCCGCGCCCGGUCCUCGGCGGCACCCAGGAACUCCCCUAUCCCCGUCGUUGCAGAACUGGCCGACCCCCAACAAAAACCGACCCUAGAUCAGAGAGCAGAAUUCCUCAGUACAAGAUACAGGAGGCCCUCAACAUCUAUGUCCCGCGUGAUGAGCGCUUUGGGCACCUCAAGUUGUCUGACUUCCUUGGGUACUCUCUCAAGGCCAUCACCGAGGCCAUUCUUCCGGUGAUUAGGACCUAUGUUGACACUACACCCAAGGAGUUUGAUUCGUUUCAAGACAUCUAUGAUCUCUACGACGGUCUUCUGAAAGUGCCCGAUAACCAACACCUAAAGGAGCUCAAGAAGAAAAUCCCCCUUCAGUUUAUUAAAAGUCUUUUACCAGUUGCUGGCGACGACCUCCUGAACCUGCCCCUUCCACAUGUUAUCAGAUCAAGUAAUCAGCUGUACGAUUAUGCUUGGAGGUCAGACGAGGAGUUUGCGCGGGAGAUGCUCGCAGGCGUGAACCCGGUUUGCAUCAAACGUCUGACGGAGUUCCCUGUAAAAAGUACCCUGGAUCCCAGUGUGUACGGGGACCAAUCAAGCACCAUCACUGAAGAUCAAAUUCAGCAGAACCUUGAAGAAGGCCUCACAGUGAAACAGGCAAUGGAGAAAAACAGGCUCUUCAUUCUAGAUCACCACGAUAACUUCAUGCCAUUCCUUGACCGCAUCAACAAGCUGGAAGGCAACUACAUCUACGCUUCGAGGACCCUGCUGUUCCAGAAGGCCGACGGCACGCUGAAGCCCUUGGCCAUCGAGCUGAGCCUGCCACACCCUGACGGAAUACAGCACGGCGCGAAGAGCACGGUGUACCUUCCGGCUGAUAUUGACUCUGGUGUUGAUGGCCAGAUCUGGCAGCUUGCCAAGGCUUACGCCUCCGUCGACGACUCUGCGUGGCAUCAGCUUAUCAGCCACUGGCUGAACACACACGCGGUGAUCGAGCCGUUCGUGAUUGCGACGAACCGGCAACUCAGUGUGGUGCACCCGGUGCACAAGCUGCUGAGCCCACAUUACCGCGACACGUUGAACAUCAAUGCCCUGGCGCGAACCACUCUCAUCAACGCCGGUGGCGUCUUUGAGAUGACCGUCUUCCCGGAGAAAUAUGCGCUUGAGAUGUCUUCCAUCGUCUACAAGAACUGGAAGCUCACCGAGCAGGGCCUCCCCGACGAUCUCGUCAAGAGAGGCAUGGCUGUGCCGGAUUCAUCGAGCCCAUACGGUGUCCGGCUGCUGAUCAAGGACUACCCGUACGCGGUGGACGGGCUGGUGAUCUGGUGGGCGAUCGAGCGGUGGGUGAACGAGUACCUGGCCAUCUACUACCCCAACGACGGCGUGCUCCGGGCCGACAAGGAGCUGGAGGAGUGGUGGAAGGAGGUGCGCGAGGUCGGGCACGGCGACCUCAAGGACGCCGACUGGUGGCCCAAGAUGGUGACCGUGCAGGAGCUGGCCAAGACGUGCACCACCAUCAUCUGGGUGGCAUCGGCGCUACACGCGGCGGUCAACUUCGGGCAGUACCCGUACGCUGGGUACCUCCCGAACCGGCCGACGGUGAGCCGUCGGAAGAUGCCGGAGGAGGGCGAAGAGGAGUACAAGCAGCUGCAGAAGGGCGGGAAGGAGGCCGACAAGGUGUUCAUCCACACCAUCACCAGCCAGUUCCAGACCAUCCUCGGCAUCACGCUCAUCGAGAUCCUGUCGAAGCACUCCUCCGACGAGGUGUACCUCGGGCAGCGCGACACGCCGGAGUGGACGUCGGACGCCAAGGCCCUGGAGGCGUUCAAGAGGUUCGGCACCCGGCUGAUGGAGAUCGAGAAGCGCAUCCUGGACAUGAACAAGGACCCGGCGCUCAAGAACCGGAACGGGCCGGUGAAGAUGCCCUACAUGCUGCUGUACCCCAACACGUCGGACGCCGGCGGCGAGAAAGGGCUGGGCCUCACCGCCAUGGGCAUCCCCAACAGCGUCUCCAUCUGA